AUGUCACAGAGACCCCCAAAACCGCACAAGUCGACAUCACUACCAAUCAUUGAGGAUAAAAGGGCCUUAGAAUCUGAAGUACCGCAAUCCCAAUCAAAUUACCUAGUGGAGGAAAUCUAUCCCGACAAGAAAGCGGCCGGUGAAUCAAACGAAGCAGCAACUAGAGAAGUAAAGGCGGUUAAGAUUUCUAAAGAUAACAAUAAAUUAGAACUACCCCAGAGGGAGUCUCAUGUUAUUGCACAACCUGAACAAAGUCAUGAUAACCCAACAACAGGAGGAGGUCCAACAGGAGGAGGUCCAACAGGAGGAGGUCCAACAGGAGGAGGUCCAACAGGAACAGAGGUGCUUGAAGCAACACAGACGAGCCUGACCGUUAACCGAAAUCAGAAACCGUAUAAUUUGCCAGAACUGGUCUCCUCAAAUCAAGCAAAUCCACCGCCCACUCCUUCGAAAGCAAUUGUGACUCCCAAUACCCAAAAUAUGCAGAUUAACAAGAAUACCAUUUCCAAUAUCAAUAAAUCCUUGAAGGUGAAACAAAAGAUUAUAAACUCUAGAGAGCCAAACCCCAAAAACCCCACUUUGAUAUCAAGUAUCAUUAAUAAAUCACCCCAGUCUGCCGUUUUCCCGAAUCUAGCAAUGAAUUCGAGUAAAAAUGAUAUCGAAAAGUCCUCUUCCACUCAGUAUGCAAAUUCCUUGACAACAAGCAACAGUGCAGUUUCUACACCUGGGAUAGGUCCUUCAAAAACCAGUAAUAUCUAUAACUUAAACGAUGAAAAUGCUUCAACAAUACGACAAGAUCAACAAAUAUUGGGCCCUCCUCCCGCUGUUUCGUCUACCCGACUUUCACUGCCGUCACAAGAGUUACAGCCUCGAUUGCAAAUGCAGCAAACAGUCACCCCAUCUGCAAGUUUCAUGCUACAUCCAAACGGCUCAAGUAUGCAUGCGCCGUCUAUUACAAACUUGAAUGAUACAGAUAAUACGCAAAGUAAAAAUACAAAGCAUAAGAAGGUGGCUAAACAAAACUCUACAAAGACGGAUUUUUUUGCGGCAAAAUUGGCUAGUGCUGUUGAUGAUGUAGAAAGCAGUGAUAGUGAUGAGACAUUUGUUUACGAGAACAAUAACGACGAAUUUGAUAUCACCAACAAUAGUAAUCAAUUGGGCACACUAGACAACAUUAGUGUCAGCGGAAGCGUAUUUACUGGUUCUGGCGGGCCCAACUAUCGAGUAUCUUCUGCAUUGGAUGGCGAGAAUCAUAUCGACAAUAAUAAACAGCACAAGGUUUCGGUCAAUAAAGCACAUUCUAUAGCAAACUCGAUGAAUAGUAUCAAUCAUUUGGAAUUCACUGUAUCAAAGCGUCCAAAUCAGUUGGGAACAUUGUCAACAUUUUCCAAUAAUGAUGCUGAGGGUAGCAAAAGCCCCUUGCAACCAGGAGCAGCAGAUAGAGUUUCAAGUCACUCCUUUGGACUUGAAAGCAACCACCCACAUCAUCACCAUCACCAUCAUCAUCAGAAUCAUCAAAAUCAUCAAAAUCAUCAAAAUUAUCAGAAAAAUAUAGGUAUUGUUCAUUUGUCAAACGAAAAUGACCAUGAUGAUACUUUCUCAUUCAAUGAAACCGAUGAAGAUUUGGGCGAAAUAGAACUGGUUGAUGGAACAGGAGGAGAUCUUGAAAAGAAGGUACCAGUUGCACAAUUGGAACAUACUUGUCAAGCGGCUUCCAAUAUCAAUACUAAUACUAAUACUAAUACUAAUACUAAUAACAAUAACAAUACAACUACUAAUACUAAUAACAAUACAAAUACAAAUACAAAUACAAAUACAAAUACCAAUAAUAAUACUACUAAUUAUAAUACUAAUACUAAUACUAAUACUAAUGUGCCAGCUUCGAGACUUCAACACUUGUCUGGUGCUCCAUCUAUAUCUUCAGGGAGCAAGAACACAUCAAAGAAAAAUUACCAAACGUCAACAACCUCUUCAAAGUUGAGGUCAACCACUUCAAAGCUAUUCGAUAAAAAAGGUUCACAACCUAGAAGAUACAGUAUAAUACCAGACGACAUUGACAUCGAAGAUUUUGACGAUGAGCUUAUAUACUAUGAUAACAAUGUGGGUUUUCCUCACAAUAAUGAAACCACUCCCUUGUUAAACUUUAAUCAAAACAUCCCCCAUUUCAGGUCGCUUAAUUUGCAUUAUCCGGCAAUGAAGCAUCAAAAUAGGAGAUACUUAUCGACGGGUCAAGCGUUAAACAAUUCUGAUCGCGACCCGAGCAAAGAAAGCAAAACCACAUUCCCUUUUCCUUAUCAGGAUCUGCACUCUAAUGUCUAUUAUGACAUUGAAGCUUUUGAUCGUGAGUCAGAGCAAUACGAUCCGAAUUUUGAUCUUCCUGAUUUGUCUGUGAAAAAGAAAAACUCCGGGAUAUUUGGCGGUAGAGGGCACCAAGGUGGUGUCAAUCGAAUCAACAACCACCCGUUCUUGUUGACUCAAACAACGACGGCAAACAAGCCAGGUUGGUUGAAAUCUUGCAUAUACACUUUGUUUUGUAUAUUGGCCAUUCUUACCGUUGGCUUUAUUUUGGGUUUCUUUAUGGCAACAACAAAGGAGUUGACGGAUGUUGAAAUAAUUUCAAUUGAAAAUCCAAUUGUCAGUAAGGACGAGCUAGUAUUCAAUAUUGUUGUGGAGGCAUUUAAUCCAGGGUGGUUUUCAGUGGAUAUUGAUGAUGUCGAGUUGGACUUAUUUGCUCGCAGUGGCUACCUACCAGACGAUGCAACUACUAGGAAUUUCAACAUCAACGAUUCUAGGCUACAAAUUUCGAAAACAGCGUCAAAAGUAGAGACAGUGAAAUUAGGAACUGUACUUCGUUUAGAAUCCUCGAUGAAUUUCAAAGCGGGCUUUUUUUCAAGAGAACCAUCGAUGCAAAAGGGAGAAAUUAAGUUAUUAAACCCAGGUAAGAAUAGUACAGUAGAGGAGCCAUCAAUGCGGUCAAAUGAUACUAAUUCCGACAAUUCUCAGAAAUGGACUGUUAUAAGUGAAAAUCCAUUCGAUUUAAUCAUCACGGGGGUAUUGAAGUAUACGCUUCCGCUUGGUACAAGCACCAAAUCCGUUGUUGUGAGAAAAACAGGCUACAUUGACCCAACUCUUUUUUUAUACUAG